UGGGAAUUCCAAAUCAACAGUUAGAUCGCUACUUUGAAGAUUCCAAGGUGUUGGUUGACAGGAGGCCACUAUCACAAUGGCAAACUGAUGAAGAAAAGGAAUCUGCUGCUGUUUAUGUUAGCUCGGGGACUACCCUUGAUGCCAAAAUGGUUGCUGAAAAUGCUAGGGGAAUGACACCAGUUUAUAUUCUUUUGCUAAAUGGAGGUGUAGGUUUUGAUAACAUGGUUUACACACUUACUAAUAAAAGAGGGAUGGAGGAGGGUGUUGCUUAUGCUGAAAAUCAGAAUAAGCCUAUGGUGGUUGACAGCGUGGUAAUAGUCCUGGGGGCCUUGGCGAAGUCAGGGGUGCAUCCACAGAAUAUUGCAAUUGAAGAAUCAGUGCUCACUCAAUCUGAGGCCAAGCUGGGGAUGUUAGUAAGGGGUAAAGUUAAUACUGUUGACAGUUUUUAUGACAUUUUUCAAAUUGCAAGUGGCACGAAAGAAAAUUUCCAGCCUCGACAUAUGUCAGAAAUUGUAGAAAAACUGGGGAAGAGAAGCUUGGAACCUGGUUUUGAAAAUUACCAACUUCUGGUUCUUGAUGUGGGUGUUUGCAAAUUGGUACUUUCUGCCAAGUACGCACUAAUCAGCCC